AUGAUAUGUAUGUUAUCUAGGCAGAUUUUUCUGCAUCAGCCAAUGUUGCUGGAAUUGGAACCGCCACUAAAAAUUGCAGGUGAUAUUCACGGCCAAUACAACGAUCUGCUACGUUUAUUCACUCUGGCGGGUUUUCCUCCCGAAUCAAACUACCUCUUCCUUGGCGAUUAUGUCGACAGGGGACCGAAGAGUAUUGAGACGAUCGUAUUGUUGCUGUGCUAUAAGAUUAAAUAUCCAAACAACUUUUUUCUCCUACGUGGUAACCAUGAAGUGGCAAAUCUGAAUCGGAUCUAUGGAUUUCAUGAUGAAUGUAAACGACGCUACAGUAUCAAAUUAUGGAAAACGUUUCAAGAUGUAUUCAAUUGUAUGCCGGUAGCAGCGUUGAUUGAUAAUAAAAUCUUCUGCUGCCAUGGUGGUCUCUCACCUACGCUUAGAUCGUUGGAUCAGCUGAAAAGGAUAUCACGGCCAUGUGACGUCCAGGAGACAGGACUUCUGUGUGAUAUUCUCUGGUCGGAUCCUGAUUCUUCUGUAGUCGGUUGGGCACCGAACGAGCGUGGCGUAUCCUAUGUAUUCGGAGUAGACGUAUUGGCACAAUUCCUUCAAAAAAUGGAUCUUGACAUUGUCGUACGAGGACAUCAGGUGGUAGAAGAUGGCUAUGAAUUCUUCGGCCGUCGAGGCUUGGUCACCGUGUUCUCGGCUCCGAACUACUGCGGUGAAUUCGAUAAUGCUGGCGCCGUUAUGAAUGUGGAUGAGAAUUUGUUGUGCUCCUUCCAGGUGAGUACCAAUUUUUGCAGAAAACCUUUCCACCCAUUGUAA